AAUCAGAAAGAAGACAACACAAAGAAAAACCAAUUUCACCUUCAAUUAAAGUAGGAGGAGGAGGAGGAUCAGCAGACUAACUAUGAGACCGGAAUCCCAAGUCGUGUGCGUCACCGGCGCCUCCGGGUUCAUCGGCUCGUGGCUCGUCAUGAGGCUGCUCGAGCGCGGCUACACCGUCCGUGCCACCGUCCGCGACCCCAAUAACAUGAAGAAGGUGAAGCACCUGCUGGACCUGCCCCAGGCCAAAACGCACUUGACGCUGUGGAAGGCCGACCUCGCCGACACGGGGAGCUUCGACGAGCCCAUCCAUGGCUGCACCGGCGUGUUCCAUGUGGCCACGCCCAUGGAUUUCGAGUCCAAGGAUCCUGAGAAUGAGGUGAUAAAACCGACGGUGGAGGGAGUUCUGAGCAUCAUGAGAGCAUGCGCCAAGGCGAAGACCGUCCGGCGGCUCGUGUUCACCUCCUCGGCCGGGACCCUCGACGUCCAGGAACACCGGAAGCCCGUCUACUACGACGACGACUGGAGCGACAUGGACUUCGUGCUCGCCAAGAAGAUGACCGGAUGGAUGUAUUUUGUAUCGAAGACGUUGGCAGAGAAAGCAGCUUGGAAAUUUGCGGAAGAGAACAACAUGGACCUGAUCAGCAUCAUCCCAAGUCUUGUUGUGGGCCCCUUCAUCAUGCCUUCGAUGCCACCUAGUCUGAUCACUGGCCUAUCGCCAAUCACGAGAAAUGAAGCUCAUUACUCCAUCAUGAAGCAAGGUCACUUUGUCCACACCGACGAUCUCUGCGAAUCCCACAUCUUCCUAUUCGAGCACCCGGAAGCCAAGGGACGGUACAUCUGCUCCUCCCACGACGCCACGAUCCUCGACAUCGCGAAUUUGCUCAGGAAGAAGUACCCGGAAUACGAUAUCCCCACGGAGUUCGAGGGAGUGGAUGAGGGGAUGCAGCACGUUUCUUUCUCCACCAAGAAGCUGUUGGACUUGGGGUUCAAGUACAAGUACACCUUAGAGGACAUAUUCGUGGGAGCUGUGGAGACAUGCAGAGAGAAAGGGCUGCUUCCUCUCGCGCACGAGAAGAAGCACGCGAACGGCACGUGCUGAGACGCAACCCUGUCUGCGCCCCCAGCCGCCACAAUCGUCUUUUUUCUCCGUCGCUGUUCUCGUGUUAUGCGUAAUCGAUAUAAUGAAUUGGAUCUUUAUCCCUACUUUUAAUUUCCACAUGCCAUUCACUCAAUUGUCAUAAAUUCAAAGAGUUAUACUGAGGAGAGAAUGCACCUUGUGCUGCUGAUUUCAAGAACACGGUGAUAACGAAUGAAGGCCUGUUUGAUUGGAUUUGCCCA